UCAGUGAUUCACAUUUUUCUCUUUUGCUUCUUUAUAUAUUUAAUGAUAAGAUUUUAAAAUUUUAAAAUUUAUUUUGAUUAAUUUUCCUGUUUUUGAUAUUAUCUUUCUCUUGGAAAUCAAUUUUCUAGCUUUAUCUGCUUAUGGGCAAAUUUGAUUUAAUUGUUGGCUGAUUUGUUUCCUUAAUCUUAUUGCAUCUUCUUCUAAGUAUGUAUUUUUCUUACAUAGAUUAUUAGAUGUCCUAAUUUGAUGUUUUCCGCCUCAUCUAAGGUUGCUUGGUUGUGUGAACUUGAUACAAUAUCCUUAACAGGCAUGCAUGUAAUCACAGAUAUCUAAAAAUAUUUUUGUUCUUUAUUGAAUUGUUCUUUUCUUAUUUCUCAAGAUUCAAGUUAUGGGUUUCUUUUUUGUUCUUUCAUGUUAUGAUACUUGGAAAUAUCCUUUUGCAAAGGAAAACAGGCUAUGCAGGCUUUGCAUUCAUUUUAAAGGGGCAUGCUCUAUUCAAUUAUUGGAUUUUCUUGAUCAGCUCUUAAUCAUGGAGGGAGAGACUUCUUGGAUCAGCCAUUGCAUUGAUGACAUGUCUAAAGACAUUGGUGACGUUGAUUCAUUCUCAGAACUUGGUGACGAAGGUAAUAGAGGAACAACUUCGGUUUCUGUGGACUUAAUUCUACCUGAUGACUUAUUGGAACGUAUCUUGGCUUAUCUCCCCAUUGCUAGCAUUUUCAGAGCUGGUUCUGUGUGUAGAAGAUGGCAUGAGAUUGUCAGUUCCAAAAGGUUCCUAUGGAACUUUUCGCAUGUCCUAUCACAAAAGCCUUGGUAUUUUAUGUUUACAAGUUCUGAUGAUCCGGUUGGUUAUGCUUAUGACCCAAUACUUCGAAAGUGGUAUUGCAUUGAACUGCCCUGCAUUCAGACUUCCAACUGGUUCAUUGCUUCAUCAUGUGGCUUGGUUUGUUUCAUGGACAAUGACAGUAGAAGCGAGUUGCAUAUCUGCAACCCAAUCACCAAAAAUUGCAAGAAGCUUGAGGACCCCCCUGGUCUGAAAUUCUCUGAUUAUAGUGCACUGUCUAUCUCAGUGAACAGGACAUCCCACAAUUAUACUAUAUCUAUUGUGAAGUCUAAACAAGUUCCUGGAAAUUUUUUUCAAUGGGACCUUUCAAUUCAUAUUUAUGAUUCAGAAACAAUGAUGUGGGCAACCUCCUUGACUGAGGUUUUGACAGGAUGGAGAGGUGGAGAUGAAAGUGUGAUCUGUGAUGGGGUUUUAUACUUUCUGAUUUACUCAACUGGGGGUGGCACGCCAGAAAAUCGGCAUGGCCUAGUUACAUAUAAUCUUUCUAGCCGAUCAUCCCCAUUGAUAAGGAGUUUUAUUCCAGUACCGGGCUUUCUUACCUGUGGCCGUCUGAUGAACCUAAAGGAAAAGCUGGUAAUGGUGGGAGGAAUUGGGAAGCAAGAUCGGCCUGAUAUAAUUAAGGGCAUUGGUAUCUGGGUUCUUGAUGGGAGGACUUGGGUAGAGGUUGCUCGCAUGCCCCACAAGUUUUUCCAAGGAUUUGGUGAGUUGGAUGAUGUUUUUGCUAGUAGUGGUACUGAUAAUCUCAUAUAUAUCCAAAGCUAUGGUGCACCAGCUCUUCUUGUUUUUGACAUGAACCAGAAACAAUGGAAUUGGUCACUGAAGUGUCCGGUGUCAAAGAAAUUUCCCCUUCAGCUGUUCACCGGUUUUUGCUUUGAACCAAGACUUGAAAUUUCUCCUUAAUUUUUUUCUUAUUGGAUUUGAGGGUGUCAUUGAUCAAUUCGUCCCAAAUUCCCACUUUUCCUUUUUUUUCAACGGCUUUUAUUUUAAGUUAUUGUGAUAUUUCCGUUCCACAAAAAAAAAAAUGUACACAGAAUGUACCAUCAAGUAAAGCUGCUUAUUUAUGAAAAUGGAAAGUAUUAGUAAUUCUUUAGCGUUGGCAUAUACUGCAUAAAGAAAUACAAGUUUAAUUUUCUUAAUUGCGGAGUCCUUAAACUAUCAAGCUGGAGGUUGCUUCAAACUUCCCUACACUUUAAGAGUUAAGUAGCUGAAUCUUUCAUUAUGUUGGGUGCUUUCACGAAAGACAAACACUAAAGAGUAAAGCCUUGCUGAACUCUUUAGGUAGCAUCUUGCCAAGCUUAUCUGGCAGUGUUCAGCAUCACGCCUCUUGUGGCAAUUUCAUUAUCAACGGGCCAGAAAUCUCUCAUACUCCGAGGCAAAUUUUGGGGAUGGUUGGUCUCUUGUUCCUUUCCUUGGUUUGGUAUGUAUGGCCAUCCCCAAAUCGAUAUCUGGAGAUUGAUAACUUUCUCUGUCUCAGACAAAGACU